AUUUGCAAAAAGAAGAGGAGCCCAAGAUGCAAGCCUUUCAUCUUACCUGCUAACCUCUCUGACUAUUAACAAUUGUAUACACCAAAUCAAUGGAUGUAAAACCCAAAUCAUACAUGCCUUUAGCUUUACUCCUAAUCAACCUCCCCACCCCUUCAAAUUAAUAUCCCACAAUGACCAUUACCAUAACAAGAAUCACAACCAUCAUUCUCUUUCUUCUUCUCCCUUAAACCUCAAACUUCUCCUGGAGCCACAAUGAAACACUCUAGAGGAAAACUACCACUCUCCAUCAUCACUGUUGCUGUUUGUAGUCUUGCAUUUGCAGCUCUCUUUUACACUGAAAGAAUUACUUUACUUUCUUCCACCUCUAUUUUCAAGCUUACAUCCUGUUCCAGAAGAAGUGCUGCUGUUUUGAAACCCAAGCAUAAAGAUGCGGAGGACAAAAUUUACAACAAUGAACUAGAUGACAGAUUUGACUUCGACCCAGAAGAAUGCAAUGUUGUUAAUGGGAAGUGGGUAUUUAACACUUCAAUCAAGCCUUUGUAUUCCGAUAGAACUUGUCCAUAUCUUGAUAUGCAAGUGUCUUGUGUCAAAAAUGGGCGGUCUGAUUCUGACUACCGUCACUGGGAAUGGCAGCCAGAGGACUGUACUUUGCCGAGAUUCAAUCCAGAAGUUGCCCUUAAAAAACUUCGGAACAAGAGGUUACUUUUUGUGGGAGAUUCACUACAAAAAGGUCAAUGGCAAUCUUUUGUUUGUAUGGUUGAAUCCAUUAUUCCUGAAGACAAGAAAACAAUGAAACGAGGUCACUUUCAUACUGUUUUCAAAGCUAAGGAAUAUAAUGCUACUAUUGAAUUCUAUUGGGCUCCAUUUCUGAUUGAGUCCAACACUGAUCUCCAUAUUAUCGGAGACCCAAAAAAGAGGAUUUUAAAAGUGGAUUCAGUUGCCAAGCACGCCAAACACUGGCUUGGAGUUGACAUCCUUGUGUUUAAUACUUAUGUUUGGUGGAUGAGUGAUCUUACACAUAAGGCACUAUGGGGUUCAUUUUCAAAUGGGCAAGAAGGUUUUGAAGAACUGGACGCACCUGUUGCUUAUAGAAUUGGGCUGAAGACAUGGGCGAACUGGAUGGAUUCAAAUAUAAAUCCCAAUAACACUCGCGUCUUUUUCACAACUAUGUCCCCUACACACACAGUAAGCAUGGACUGGGGCAACAAGAACGGGACAAAAUGCUACAAUGAAACAAAGCCAGUGAUGAAGAAGAAGCACUGGGGAAGCGGCUCUGAUAAAAGAAUGAUGAGUGUGGUGGCUGAUAUAGUGGGAAAAAUGAAAGUUCCUGUUUCAUUUAUCAACGUAACACAAAUUUCUGAAUACAGAAUCGAUGGUCAUGCUUCAGUUUACACAGAAACAGGGGGCAAGCUUUUGACUGAAGACCAAAAAGCUGACCCUCUUCACUAUGCAGAUUGCAUACAUUGGUGUUUGCCAGGAGUCCCUGACACCUGGAAUCAAAUAUUAUUAGCAUCCUUAUAGCUCAAGAAACCCAAUUACACACACUAAAAAUUCCUCCUUGUAUAUGUGCCAAGCUCUCAGUAAAGCUUUUCCUUUUCUUUUGGGGUCAAAUUCUGAAACUCAUAUAUUUAUUUUCCAUUUUUUGUAGCUUGUUUUUGUGGGUUUGUAGUUGCUAACUAAAGUUCUAAAUCAAAGUAUGUAACUGUGAAUGAAAUUUUCUCAUCAGCCAAA